UCCAAGACUAUUUUGAAAGGAGCGCAGCAAAAGCCAACUCUGAGCCAGAAGGUGCUAGAACUUGCAGUCUGCGGUCACAAGAUAUCCACUGCGGAACUGCAACAUGAGGCAGCUUCUCGAGCUACUCCUCUCACCUUCACACAGAAACUGCAGACUGCUGCGUUCUUCAUUGUACAAAUUAUUGUGAGCAGAUUAAGGACCAGGAAGGCUCAACAGAUUGGAGAAACAUUCCAAAUUCAUUAUGACACAUUUACGUCACCAUCAGCCUUAUAUGCCUACCUGACUGCAAGCUAUACAACAGUCUUAGAGGUGCUGAUGCUCCACACCCGAGUCUCUCUGGCGUCCACCCUCUGGCAGACCAUACUGUUCUCACUGUUGGCUGGAGACAAUCAAGAACUGACAGAAGAGAGUCUACAAGACAUCGCAAGACUACUGGUUGGGAAGCAAACCGCAGUGUCAGCCCAGAUACCAGCUGAUGUCAAGGAGCUGACAAAAACCAUGAAGACUUGUGAUAAGUGGCCAGAACUGACCACUUUGCCACCUGAGAAGAUACCUGUCUGGUUGGACAUCAACUGUCCCCUAGCUGCUGACAUGUUGAAGAGCAUCAUCCAUCGAUACGAGCACCGCAAUAACAAAGAGGCAAAUUACAGAUAUAUUACUAGCCGUAGAACAAUAGUCAUCAAGAUGCUCUAAUAAAUAAUAGUGUGAUUUUCACUCAGAAUUUGUCAAUUUUCAAGUAACAAUGAAUGAUUUUUAGGAUUUAAUGGUUCAAAUUUAUACGUACUUUCAAUAACAUAUAGAGUAACUUGUGAAGGUAAUAGAAUCGGUCCAGGCAUUUUACAUUGUUCAGUGAUUAAAAAAAUCAGUAGCACGUGUAUUUUGGUAUCUUUUCAGCCUAUUUGUAUCCGCCUUUGAGAUGCUGUUUCCAUAUGCAAGAUACCAGUAACAAAUAACUGACAGAAAUAAUGAAUGCUUGAGGUGAAGCUUUACAAUCUCAGGCAGCAGCGUUCUGAAUCUAUACAGAUCCCUCAACCUGUCAAGAGCACGCUUGUAAACAUGAGUGACAUGGUCAGAAAACAUAAGAUCAUGGUCAAGCACACAAGAGUCUUCAAUUUAUAACUUUAUUGAUUUUCAAUAUCCAAGGUGUAUGCUCAUAAUCAUAUACCAAUGUCAUACAAUAGAAUAGAGUAUGUAUUUGUACAGGGUGGCGCAUACGUUAGUUUCUCCAUAAAUUGGGAUAUUUUGUUUCGAUAGGUUGGUAACAAUGUUAAGUUGGCA